UGGGUGUGCAAAUGUUCUGAGAGCGGCGCAGGUGGCCCCAGCCAGCUCUUAGGUCUGGGAGGAGCGAGGGAGCUAGAAAGCGCUGCUUGGCUGUCUGGCCGGUAGGGUUGCCUCUUUUUUUUUCUUUCUUCCCUUUUUUUUUAAAUUAAAAAAAACAAAAACAAAACUCCUCGGUCUAGUAGCCCUGCUGUUAUUAAUGCAAAAAGACAUCCAGGGACGCCCCGAUUCGCUCGGAACGAGGUCGUCUGGAGCCAGCUAUCCCUUCACCCCAGGAAGAGAGCGCUCUUUUCCAAACGGAAGAUUGAUUGGGAUUUUUCUCUCCAUCCUCCCUCCUCCUCCUCUGCUAGUUUAACAAAAUUGGCAGGGUGAAGGGGCGAAAGAGGUAUGGCUCGACCUCUUCCUUUGAACCCAGCUUUCCUACCUCCAACUUACGGGGUGCUGAAAUCCCUGCUGGAAAACCCGCUCAAGCUGCCGCUGCAUCACGAAGAUGCAUUUUAUAAAGAAAAAGACAAAGACAAAAAACUGGAUGACGACAGUACCAGUGCCACUGUCCCACAGUCUGCUUUUCUGGGGCCUACAUUAUGGGACAAGACACUUCCCUAUGAUGGUGACACUUUCCAGUUGGAAUACAUGGACCUGGAAGAAUUUCUCUCAGAGAAUGGCAUUCCGCCCAGUCCAGCCCAGCACGACCACAGCCCUCAUCAACCUUCUCUUCAGCAGCCUACCUCAGCAACACCAUCUGUCAUGGACCUCAGCAACAGAGCAUCCACAUCGGUCCACCCGACUAUGGUUUCCCAAAACUGCAUGCAAAGUACAGUCAGGCCAGGUCAGAUCUUGCCUACAAACCGAAACACGCCAAGUCCCAUUGAUCCCGACACCAUUCAGGUUCCAGUUGGGUAUGAACCCGACCCUGCCGAUCUCGCUCUUUCUAGCAUUCCUGGCCAGGAAAUAUUUGACCCUCGCAAGCGCAAGUUCUCUGAGGAGGAGCUCAAGCCCCAGCCGAUGAUUAAGAAAGCUCGCAAAGUCUUCAUUCCAGAUGAUCUGAAGCAGGAUGACAAAUACUGGGCAAGACGUAGAAAGAACAACAUGGCUGCCAAGCGAUCUAGAGAUGCCCGGAGGCUGAAGGAGAACCAGAUUGCUAUCCGUGCCUCAUUCCUUGAGAAGGAGAACACGGCCCUGCGCCAGGAGGUGGCUGAUCUACGGAAAGAGUUGGGCAAAUGCAAGAACGUCCUUGUCAAGUACGAAGCCCGGCAUGGUCCUCUGUAAAUGGUGUCCCCCCGCCUUUUCUGUUUCUUUUCUUCCCAUCUACUAUUUUAUUAUUAUUAUUUUUUUAAUUUUGUGGUUUGGCAUUUAAAUAGAUGGACAGCGUGUUUCCUGUUUGAUAGCACCUCACCCAAACCAACUUUUCAGUCAUGGGCACUUUAACAGAAAGCAGAAACAAAACCAGUGUACAACCUGUGUGUAUGUGUGCAUGUGUGUGCUUGCACACACGUGUGCAGGCAUGUCUGUGAAUGAGUGUGCACGUCUGUCUUGGCUCUUCUCAUUUUUUAAUGAAACCCUAUUUGUAGGGUUGGGUUGGCUGAGACUUGCCAUAGUAAACUUAUUAUUGAAUACAUACAUGUAGAUAUAUAUGUAUGUAUAUAUUUUCCAGUGCUGCUUAAACUGUAUUUUUGUCUUAUCCUAUCCCAUUCUUUUGAUUUAACUUGGAAAAAAAAAGAAACAAAGCUGAAACAAAAGUAUCCUGGCAAUGCUUAAGAAGAGGAAGGUAGAGCUGUCUUGGGUUUGUUGUUUCAAUAAGGCACAUCAGACUCUGUAAACUUACUGAUAUAAUGCACAGUAGAUAUUCAUGCUAUAUUGCAGAGAUAUUAAUUUAUAGAUUUGCUUUUUUAUUUUGUUUUGAGUUUUUUUUUAUGGUUUUACACUUUGGUAAAUAAAAUAGACCUUCAGAUUCAUAGUGUAUUCUAUAUCCUCCUUGUAGAGUAAUAAGGAACAACUAAUUUUCCUUUCGUUGCUAUAAAAUCAAAAAUAAAUACGUAGAAGUAUUAUACAUAGAUCAGAGAGAGUAUAUUUUUGCAUUCCCUGGACCUAAGCAGUAGUUCUCUUGUACAGAUUAAAAUAUUCCUGGUGGAUAUUGGAUGACUUUGCUACCUUAACACUGUAACCUUUUAGUGCUCUUUUUUCAUAAAACAUUAAAAUUUCUUGAUAGUCUGCCUAAAAAAUAUCCCUAACCAGACAAGCAAAAAAAGAAGCAAAACAAAACAAAACAAAAUCAUCAGAUGCCUGCACAAUGUCGGAGCAUGCUAUAUAGGUAAAGGCCAAAGCAUAUUCCUGCCUUAGGUGAAUUAAAUUUUUGCUUCUCCCCCCUUACAUGUGGCAUGUAGGGCACAACAGUGCAAAACAUUUCAAGAUUGAAAUACUCCAACCCUGAAAUACCCGUUUCAAUCUUAUCAAAAACUGACCAGGAUACCUUUGUCUUUCAUCUGAUUUCUUUGAGGCUUUCCAACCAGCAAGUGGAAAUCCAGAAACUUUCCGUUACAUUUCUUGGGAAGUAGGGGUGUCAGUUCAGCCAGUGAACUGCCAUGCUGCUUCUGCAGAUCUGCUCAGUCUGCAGUGCUUUUUCAAGAGUUAGCCCUUGAAUUUGGCCAUUAGAAGAGCUUGUCUGCUUUUGCCUAGAUGGUCAAGCUGUCUUGUGAACGUCUGCUGCUGUUCGUGCAGAUCCCCCGUCCUUGCCCUCGAUUGGCAUAAGCCAACCUGCGAUUGGCAUAAGCAGAGAGAUCUGGAUCAAUCCCCAGUUAGGGACAGAGGUCAAAUGGUGCUUGCCUUCAGCCCACCACCCGCUCUUCAAAGAAUUCAGUGCUGUUCUUGAGGUGCUGGAGUGACACUGAUUGCCAUGCCAGGUCAGGAUGAAACUACACAAAAACUCAAGAUAAUUCAUUGACUAGAGAACUGGAAAACAAAAUAAAAAAGGCCUACAUUACCAUCACCUUUGGAGUUUGGGCAGAUGGUAUUUUUAUUUCCACUGAUGCUCAAUUUCUGAAAAUCUCUUUUUUCUUGUGAAUGACUUUGAAUUCAGCUUUUUAGUCAACUGUGUGCAAUAUACUUUCUGUAGAUUUCUCACCUGCUGGUCUUUUUUUCUUUUUCCCCGAAUUGUUUUGAUUUAGUUUAAAAGUCACUUUUGCAAUUUUUUGCCUUGACAUGUUGCUGUGAUUGUAUCAUGACCUGAUGGUUUUCAGAGUUUCUCCUGUAUUUUUUUAGCUUUGAUUUGUUUUCUAAACUUAUGUUAUAUUAUAUAAAGUAUUUUUGGAGGGUGGGGAGGAAAUGAAUGUAAGAGAUGCAGAUAUAUAUUGAAAGGUGAUGGUGUUGUCAUACUGUGGUUAAUUCAGUUCUUUUAAAUGUUUCCUGAAGACCAAAAGAAAUUGAUUAUUAUAAAAUGUAUAAAAUUUAUACAGAAUCAUUAGAGUGUGCUCUUUUUUUGUACAGUAUUUUUCAAGGACAAAUGCUGAUCAUGUAUUUUGGGAAAAAGAUUAAGAUAUAUAUCAUAUGUUUAAGCAAAGAGAAGGUUUAAAAAAACUAGAUUAUUUCACUUUAAAGAUGACAAUAUAUCUCUUUAUAUAUUCAUGAAUACUGAAUGCAGAAGAAAUGCUUCUAGGGCUUUUUUAAAAUGAUGAUAUUGUAUGCUCACCAUUGGCACAUUAACAUAGUUUUGUGUUUUCAGUUAGAGAAUAAUCCAUGUCUCUUGGCACAGCUGCUUGCCUCUGGAAGGAUCACAUUGGGUGCAAUAGAAGGCUCUGCCUCCCUCCUUUUCUUAGUGUAUCCCACUUUAGCCACUGCCCAUGUAUGAGAAGAAGAAAGUUGUGCACUUAUCUCCCUUUCCCCAUAAGGACUCCAUGGUCCUGCCAGCCCCAUGUAACCCCUCCAUGCAAAAGUCUCUGUGCUCAGAUGGGGGCAGAUGGGACUCUAAAUGUUCUUUGCAUGUAACAUUGUUUGCUGUGAUCUUUCAAAUUUCUCUUGAGCAAAUACAGCUUUUCUUUCCUUUUAAAAAUGCGUUUAAUCAGUUGGACAAAGCACAAGAUUGGUGACAUCUGUCACAGAGCUUCGUGGGUACAAAUAUGUUGGGGACCAGGUAGUAUGAUCCAAACGCUCAUAGAGCUUACAUUAUCAAUCCUUUUAUACAUUUCCAAUCCAUCCUAUGGUGAGGAUUUGUAUUUAUGGUGAAAGUUUGAAAAAAAAUUCCAUUACAAAGAGGGUUCUGGCAGGUUGAAGCAAAUUUCUCUCAAAAGACAUCAGCUGAGGAGGCCAGACUGUAUCCCAUACCUCUCUCAACAGACAGCUUAACAGAGCUAAAACAGAGGGCCUAUUUUGCAACUCAGCACAGUGGAGAGCAGGUAAGCAGUCUGCUUCAGGUAUCUCCAAAAUGCUGGGCCUCUAGUUGUGCUGGACUGUAGCACCCAAAAUUCCCAGCCAGCCAGGCUCUCUCUGGGUGAUGGGCAGUGUAGCUCUGUGUACUUCUCCAGGUUCAGAUCUUUGGGGGACAAUUCAGAAACAGUAAGAGACAUUUCACAUGUUAGAGAUGAGCCCAGGUUGGUUGCUCAGUAUUCACUCCCUGAUCUGGUAACAUGUUUGUCACAUUUGUCCAAACUGAAUUCCUUCUUAUCCAAGUUUUUGGUGCCCAGGGUUUUCCGUAAGGCAAUCAUUUCUGCUUGUGGAACCAUAUUACUUCCCAUUGUUUAUCCACUAUAUGUUGGAUAGUGCUGACAGACACAUUCAUUCAACAACAUCUGGAGAGCGCAGAUUCCCCAAUCUGUCCUCAUGCUUACUACUAUCCUUCUAGCAUCUUCUGGAGGUCCAUUGUUUCAGUUUUCUUGCCCAGUCUCAUUCUAUCGCUGGUUGAGUACAAGAAUGAGCAAAGUCAUAUGACUUACUUGAGCCAUACUUGGCUUUUAUUAUACUUGAACAGGUGCUUUCUUGAAUUGGUGAAUUACAGAAAAGAUAGGGUUUUUUAGUGCAUUAAAAAUGCACAUCAGAAAAUUAUGGUGCCACAUGUCUUUCUAGAUCAUUUUUCCAUCAAAACAAGUGCAUUUCUGUUACAUAAAAUCAUCUUACAUUAUAGGUGAUUUAAACAAAACGUUUGGACAAUUCCAAAGAAAUAUUGCCAUUAUUAUGAGGAUUUUCCAGAAAGUUUGAAAAUAAAUCCCAGUGUCCUAAAUUUUGUAAUAGACUUUUUUGGACCAUUAUUUCAGCUGAUUAAUCAUCUUUAGGGGGUAAACUAUCCUUUACUGGCCAGUAAAUAUAUCUGUCUAUAUGUUCAUAUGUGUGUGAAAGUGAAAAUAAAUAUUAAGCUGAUAAUAAUUUCCACUGAGUGUAAAACAAGCCUAGAGGACAUAAUAUUGGGAGAAGGUAGGACUAUAAGAAGUUGUGAACAGGUGCUCUGUUCAUUUCCCCCGAAUCCCAAGUAUUUCAUGAUCUUAUUCAUAACUUUGUCUAGAGCUGCCAGCGUGGAAACUCAAAUUAACAAAGAUUUUUUACAGGCUAGGAAAUUUUAUCUACACAAUUGAUAUGGAGACGUUAAAAAAGUAUAAUUUCACUAAUCUGGAAGUUCUUUUGAAAUGCAAAGAUCUUACAGUGGGCAGUGUUCCUAGAUUCAGUGCUGUUAAUAUUAGAAACACCAGUUGCUUAAUCAUUGUAAUAUCACUUAAUUGCUAGACAGGGCAACUAUAUCCAGUCAUAGAAGGUAAGCCAAAUUAUACAAUGGCUUCUGUGAAUAAUAAGUAGAUACAGAAUACAACAUCUUGAACACACAACAAAGCAACCAGAUGUCCACACUUGAUCUGUCCUCAAAACAUGUUUUCAUUUGCUUCUGAUAUUGAUCUUCAACUUGGCAUGCUAAUUUAUUUGGUUUUACACUAUGAAUCUGUAUAGAUGGGUGGUAAGCUUCUCUCAAAAGAACGAACCAAGAGAAACUAGUUAAAGAGUAUAGAUGAUGACAUGGGUAUGUCAGCUGUGACUAGAGCACAUGACAAAUGAGGGUGGAUUGUCCAGAGAUGGGCAAAAUCUAAAGUAAGGCCAACAGCAAUAGGCCACUGAUCAAAGCUGAAACCUGAGUAGCUGUCUGCACAUUGUAAAGUGCAUAGUUAGCAUCUGGAUUGGCUUGUGGAUCAAGCUGAGGCUGAUGACAUUAGAAUAAGAGAAGUAUUUUUCCAAAUCCUGUCUACCAGUCUCUUCCAACUGGAUGCAUUCCAAAUGUAAUGGGAAUAUAUUGCCCAUACUUUGAACCAGCCGAAAGCCAUGCCAGCUAGCAAGUCUGUAGUCCUAACAUAUCUGGAAGGCACCAGCUUAGGGAUUGACAAUUAUCUGCACCAGAAAGCCAUCAGUUAGUGUUUUUGCUGGGAAAGAGUUUGCAAGAAAUGUAUUCCUGGUCUCUUGUGAAACAGCUAUUAGAACCAGCCAUUUCAUCAGUUCUGAAAUGGAUGCAGAUAACUGUGGCCCUCCUAAUACCCUGUAGAUGUUGCAUACCCAUCAGCCCCAGCCAGUAUGGCAAAGAGUUGGAUAUGAUAGAGGUUGCAACUAAAAAUGAAACAGGAGGGCCACAGGUUCACCACCAUCUGGUAUCAUUAGGAGAGUGCCUCAUCUGUACACGUCUGUUGUUUCAGUGCUCCAUUGAUCUAAGACUGCACAUUAUUUGCUGGAGCGAGAUGUAAAUUAGACUACAGUUGUAUAUGCUCUAGUAUUUUUGCACACAGUGGGCUUACUUCUGGGUAAGAUUUAGGUAAGUUAUUAAUGAAUGAAACUUAGUCUUAUUUUUUGAGUUAACUGGUCCCCGGCCUUUAUUCUUGCUUCAAAAAUUGUGUGUGCGUGAUAUGUGUGCAUGUAUGCACACUUGCAUUAGCAUGUGUGUUGUUUGGGAAAAGCAAGAAUGAGCUUCUGGUAUUUUUCAUUUAUUUGGAAAAAUGUUCCACCUUUUUCUCUCUCUUCUCUCAAGUGAUCAACCGUUGUAUUUCUGGCAACCUCAUAUGAGAGCUCUGUUCACAAGAGUUUAACAAACAAGAUCAAAUUAAAUGUACGUCAUGACAUGAAUUGUGUUCCGUAUGUUUUUCAGCCCAAAUCUUUCUUCUGUUC